AUGAUGAGUCCCCCUCGUUACAAGCGCCAUGGAGGUUUCUGGGGACGAAGCAUUAGUACGAAUACUUUUGAUUUCACUACAGCACCUCCAUCCAAGCUGGAAAACGGGCAGAGAGGUCCCGAUGGUUUCCCGCGAGCGCCAGCUGACAAGAGGACUCAUCUCGUCCCUCCACAGAGCGACAACCAUGUGUCCCCUCAACCCUUGAUGGCUCGGUGGAGUACGCAAGAGCAGCCUACACAACUCUUCCACAGUCCCGAGGCACCAUUUGAGAUUGGUGCUGUGCCGCCCCUUGAUCAAGACCCCGAGUGGCCUCUCUUGAACAGCCCCGUCAUCGUGCUUCCUGAUUCCUCAAAACCGGGCCGGCCUCUCCCAAGAUCUGAUGGAUUCGCUUCCCUGUCAGAGCUCUCCCGUAUCCAUGACAAGGAGAACAUUGACACCCCUGAGCCCGAAGACAUCGACCUUGAUCUAGAACUCGACAAGCAACAAAUCUCCCUGCCUCGCCGCGACAAGAUCAUUACACCCGCACAGUUUGAGAACUAUCUUGAGAUUCGGGUCCGCGAAUCUCAUGUACGAGAAGCUUGGAAUGAGGCCGAGCAGCAAAUUCAUGAGGAUGACGAUCAGGAAGAGAUCGAUUACGACACGGCCGACGAUGAGGAUAUGUCCAAGCAGCUUGCAGACCAGAGAAGACACCAGGCAGAGCACAUUGCCAACUAUCGCCAGCGAAUGAUCAAGACUACAGGCGACACUAGCCUAUCUCCCGUUGAGCAGUGCAAGCCUCCCACCCCCAAAACACCCUCACCAGCCCCGUCAACAGAUGCACGCGGUACUCCGCCUACUCCACUUCACGAAGACAAGGCUUCUGUCAAGAGCGGCCAGUCAACAAGAUCAAACAGAAUGAGAUCUAACUCGAGCCCACGACCAGCUACUCGACAGAGCUCCAGGAGGCGAGCUGGUUCCACCCCCAGCCAAGCAUCCAGGCAAGGCUCCCACUCUCCGUUGCCAGAGUUCGCCCGUGGUCUUCCCCAAGACCCAUUCCCCAACAGACGUGAUAGCGUCACCCGAACCAACAAGUCUGGAUACCCUUGCAGCGUGGUCCCCAUCUCACCGCGCACCAAGCUCAUGCGUCCACGGCCACUGCGCCGUGCGAACCCCAACGCAGGCAAUCAGCAAAGCUACAUUCCUCACAUGAAAGGACAGCAAAGCUCUCUCAACUGGGCUGGUGGAGCCCUAGCAUACCGGUUGGGUCAGAUGUCUUCCCCCUGUCGCAUGCCUGGCACGCAGCAUACGCCACUUCGGCCGCCUCCGUCUCAGUCGACCUCAGGUGCAGGAUCAGAGGCGCAGUAUUAA